AUGGUCAACCGCGACCCUGCGCCUGCGCGCUCCAGGAAACCCUGCGACGACAUGGAGGAGGCGGAUAGGAUCAAGGAACGCGAGUUCUACAGAUACUACCACAACGUCCAACGUCCCCAAGAUCGUGGCCAACCCAAGGAACUUCCUGUCCUUACGCCCCUCCAGACGCAGACUUCUUCGCCAGCCCAAGUCAAGCCCUCUGACGACAAGGCAUUGGCCGCUUUCGCCCAACUGGGUGCCCUCCGCCUGAACUGCCGCCGCUGCUUGAUUUCCUUCUUCGACCGACGGAAUUGCUUCAUCCUCGCCGAAGCUACGCGUACGGCAUGCCUUAUCACAGGACAACCGGAAUCCGAACAGGACGACUUGGCAUUUGGUACUUCCAUAUUCCCCAAGAACAAGAGCAUUUGCUAUUAUACGGUCAAACUGCCUUGGGGGCAUCCUGUUCAGCCCUUCGAUGAAUAUUCUCGCCAUCCCUCUUUGGUUGUAAACGAUCUCGCUGUGGACGAGCGCUUCAAGAAUUAUCCCUUCGUGACCGGCCCGCCUUAUUCACGAUUUUACGCCGGCGUUCCAAUCCGCAGUCCUAGCGGCCACAGCAUCGGGACUUACUGCGUGCUGGACGAUAAACCACGCAAUGGCCUCUCCGACUUCGAAUUAAACUUUUUAAAGGACAUGGCAGGCACUGUCAUGCGCCAUCUGGAGACCUCUAGGGCUGCUGAAGAUCACAAGAGAGGCGGAGUCAUGGUGAAGAGCUUGGGCUCUUUUGCCGAUGGCAAAUCAUCUAUCGACGAUUGGUGGGAAGAGGCAGAAGGCCUGUCGUCGACCGUGUCCCCGUCCGAAAACACACCUGUUCAACGGCAACGCCGCCCGACAGUAGGCGCCGUGUCGCCAACAACUAUCAUCCAGCCCACACUGUUGGCGAGGAACAACAGCGCCGAAUCUAGUGUUCAAAGUGUGACUAGCUCGGGCCCGACGCCUUCAUCCAGCGUAGCUGCCGGGAGCGCUGUCGUUACGCCUGCCUCGGAAAUCUUGGACCCUGUCAAGUCCAUGGAACCUGUUAAGCCCGCAGUCGCGCCGAAAAAGGCGUCGCCUACUGGUGAGGGGAAACUUGAUGCAGUGGCACCCGAUACCAAGGUUGUUUUUGAAAGAGCUGCCCAAAUGAUCGUGGAGGCUGUCGAAGCUGAAGGCGCUGUAUUCUUUGAUGCGAAGGUCAGUACCUUCGGUGGACUUGUUGAUGACGAUUUCGCCUCCGAGCUGCCACCCGAACCAGACAAACCAUGCGUAAUACUGGGCGCAGCGCGAUUUAAGAGUUCUCAGAAUCCUUCGUCGCCAUCCAACCAAAUCUUCAUGACCGAAAGCGUUCUUAAACAUCUUCUUCGCAAUUACGCUCAUGGCCAAAUUUUCAACUUUGACGACGAGUAUUCUCCGGAAGCGCAGGCAGACUUCUUAGCAGGAGACGACACAGACCUGGGGGUUUCCCGGAGAUCCGAUUCGGUCAGGUCCGCCGAUGACGAACAGGUGCUGAGAGAGGUCUUUCCACGAGCUCGAAGCCUGAUCAUAUACCCGCUGUGGGACGCGCACCGCGACAGGUGGUUUUCGUCUCUAAUCAUAUGGAGUUCGGAUCCUAUGCGCGUCUUCACCAACGAGCAAGAGCUUAGUUAUCUUUCUGCAUUCAGUAACAGCGUCAUGGCCGAGGUGGCCCGGAUGGAUACCAAGCUUGCGGAUUCCGCAAAGGCAGACUUCAUCUCUUCAAUCAGCCACGAGCUACGCUCACCAUUGCAUGGUAUCCUCGGCAUGACCGAUUUAAUGAAGGACACCCCGAUGGAUACUCAGCAACAGUCACACAUUCAGACUAUCGAAAAUUGUGGCAAGACCCUGCUGGAGACGAUAAAUCAUGUAAGAGCAGAUGGUGGCGGAUUCAGUAUCAAUUUGCUAACAGGUGUAAAGGUCCUUGACUAUGCGAAGAUCAACAACCUCACACGGGGAGAGUCCAAAAGGCGUCCUAAGCGUCGAGCGAAGAGUACAAAGCACAUGAUUAAACCAAGCCAAGGGCAUACGAACGACAUCAUGACUAUCAUCUCCGACUUCGAUCUCAGCGUGCUGAUUGAAGAAGUUCUCGAGUCCGUCUUCGCCGGUUUCAACUUCAGCAAAAAUAACUUCGAGAGCCUCGAUCAACGACCAAAGAAAUACGAACCGCCGCCUGUUUCUGUGAUUGUUGAUGUUAAUAAGUGGGAUAGCUACAUUUUCCGCACUCAACCGGGAGCUUGGCGACGCAUCCUAAUGAAUUUGUUUGGUAACGCGCUCAAGUAUACACCUGCUGGGUUUAUUAAGGUAAAACUCCAGGUAAUACCGAGCACUGAUCAAACCGACGAUAGCGUAGAGCUCAGGCUCACCGUUACUGAUUCUGGAAUUGGCAUGUCAGAAGACUAUAUCAACAGCAGGCUGUUUCAUUCGUUCGCGCAGGAGAACCCUCUCAGCCAAGGAACUGGACUUGGACUCAGCAUCGUCAAGCAGCUAGUGGAACUACUGGGCGGAGAUGUCGAGGUGUUUAGCAAGAAAGGUAGAGGAACCAAGUUUACCGUCAGUUGCCCACUGAAACCGUCAUCCCUAUCUCCCACGGUAUCCGCUUUGAACCCGACUCAGGAGAUUCCCAAUGUGUUCAAGCGCACAGAAGGCAAAUUUGUACAGUUUGUGGGUUUCGACGAUGAUGAUCAGGUGGAAGUCAAGAGCCUGAAGAACAAGAACUCUUCAAAGAUUGGGGAGAAGGCACUGAAAGAAAUGAGCAAAGACUGGUUCGGCAUGGAUGUGUGGGAGUCUGACAUCGGCAAUGCACCGGCGCCUGACCUGAUCAUGACGACCGAAGCUGGAGCGCGUGACUUAAGAGCACAAUUCAGCAAGGCUCCGCACGACGUCCCUCCCGCACCAGUGAUUGUUCUGUGCCGGGCUGCAGCCCUGGCUCAAUCGACGACUGCAAUCACCGUGCCCGGUUUGAUCUUCGAAUGCAUCGCGCAACCUUGUGGUCCGCAUAAACUUGCGAAAGCACUUGCAUCUUGUCUUGACCGGCAGGCAAACCGUGUUAUGGCGCAGUCAACGGAAAGCGAUGACACCUCAUUAUCCGGGCUGUCGCAGCUCACGCUCAAGGAAAACAUGACAUCCAAAGGUCCAACAGCGUCUAUACCAUCAUCACAUCUCAGCAUUCCACGUCCACACGUCAAGUCGACCAUUAGUGCUCCUGAGAUUCGGUCCGUCAAUCACAGCCCAGUCAACGCCACGACCGCUCCUUUCAAUGCGCUCAACUGUCUCGCGGUCGACGAUAACCCAAUCAACCUGCGUCUGCUACGUAGUUUUGUGGAAAAGCUCGGCCAUCGCCACGUGCUUGCUAAGAAUGGGCUCGAGGCCCUAGAAGCCUACAAGACUGCCACUCUCGAGAACGCGUCACCCACGACAGGCCGGGUGGACGUCAUCCUCAUGGAUAUCAACAUGCCUGAAAUGGAUGGCCUUGAAGCCACCCGCCAGAUCCGCGCCCAUGAGCGAGAUAACUCGCUCUCACCGGUCACCAUCAUCGCACUGACAGGGUUGGCGAGCUCAGAGGCACAGCAGGAAGCUCACGCGAGUGGGGUCAAUUUGUUCUUGAUCAAGCCGGUCAGAUUGGCGGAUCUGGAGGUCGUGCUCAAAGGUGUGGUUACGAGCGAGGAAGGUGCGAAGUUAAAAGACAACGGGAAGGGCGAGAAGAGCGAGGACAGCACUGAGAGCUCGGUAGCUGAGGUCAACGCUAAGGAGAAGGAAUUCUUCAACGCCAUCAAGGGCGAGGGAGAUGCUCACAAGCGGAGUAAGAGUACGGUCUGA